AUGCGUCCAGCCAUCCCAGCCAAAGACAAACUUCAACUGACGUUGCGGUUUCUUGCAUCAGGCGAAAGUCAACAUUCCUUAAGCAGGCAGUACCGCAUUAGCCACAGCGCCGUCAACGGGUUCCUCGUUGAAACUUGUGACGCCAUUUACAAAAUGCUCGGACCAAAAUAUCUGGUGUCCCCGCGGACGAAAGAUGUGUGGCUUGCAGUAAUGAAGAACUUUUACGAAAGAUGGCAGUUUCCGCAAUGUAUUGGAGCGCUGGACGGAAAACAUGUCACAAUCUCUGGAUCUGUUUAUUUUAAUUACAAGAAGACCUUCAGUAUCGUGCUUUUUGCUCUUGUGGAUGCAGACAGCAGGUUUUUGUACAUUGAUGUCGGCGCACCUGGGUCCGAUGGAGAUGGAGGCAUUUGGACGACGACACCACUGCGGAAUGCCAUCGAGAACGGAACAGCCGGGCUGCCGAUCUCAGGACCUGGACCGGUCGGCGUCCCACCCGUCAUCGUGGGAGACGACGCCUUUCCCUUGUCUAUAAACUUAAUGAAGCCGUACACUGGUACAAAUUUGGAUGAAGAAAAGGUUAUAUUUAACUACAGUUGUGUUGCCUACAUCAUGUCAUUUCUAAACACCGUGUUCCUUAUCGUUUUAACUUAUUUUUUCAUUUCAGAUUAA